UUUUUACUAGAAUCUAAACACCGUUUUAAAAUAGCUUGGAUAAUUUUGUACAUGGGUUUGCUUGUUGUGUGAAAUCUGUGGGAAAGCGGUUUGUGGAGAUCUUGUAGUGGAUUAUUUCUCCUCGUUGAUGAAUUAAAGGGAAAGCGACUGCCAUGACCACAGACGAGGCGGAGAGCGUUCAUAAGAAGCAGGUGUGUGAGCAGCAGCAGGAAGACAAGGACCCCGCUGCACAGGAGCCAGGCCCCGCUGACACCGCUCAGGACAGCCCCUCCGGCACCUCGCCGCCCCCCGGGGGCUCGGAGGAGGAACAGCAACUGAAGCCGCGCCAGCGCACCUCCGCUGGCCGUGGCCUCUCCCGCCUCUUCUCCUCCUUCCUGAAGCGCCGCUCACAGUGCUCGGACGGUGAGGGGGUGGAGACGGAGAGGGCCCGGGACAAGGACGAGCCCAAAGCUCCCAUAGCGGACCCUGAGCCAGAACUGCGCAUAGAGGGCGAUGUUGCUCUAGACCAGCACUCAAUCAGCAGUGCUGAAAACCAGCAAAUCAUAGCAGAUCAGAAGGAAGACGCCGAGCUGGAGUCCGGCAAGGCAGAAAAGGGGGAGAAGGGGGAGAAGAAGGAGAAGAAGGAAAAGAAGGAGAAGAAGGAGAAGGAGAAGAAAGAGAAAGCAGAUAAGGAGAAGCCGGAGAAAAAGGAGAAGCCAGAGAAAAAAGAGAAAGCGGAGAAGAAAGAGAAGAAGGAGAAAAAAGAGAAGAAGGAGAAGAAAAACGAGGACAAGGCCAAAGGAGAGGAGGGAGAGAAAGACAAGGAGCGUGAGAAGGAAAAAGAGAAAGUAGAUGAAGAGGCCAAGCUGGAAGACGCAGGUGCGGCAGAAACAGAGGUAAAGGAGGAAGGAGAAAAAGAGGAAGAGAAACAGGAGGAGAACGCGGUGGAAGAGGAGGAGGAGGAGGAGGAGGAGGGAGGAGGGAAGAAGCAGAAAGCAUCUCGCCGCCCCAGGAUCAUGCACUGCAAAGUCAAGCUGCUGGAUGAUACUCUCUUUGAGUGUGAGCUGGAAAAACAUGCCAAAGGCCAGGAGCUGUUUGCAAAAGUGUGCGACCACCUGAACCUGUUAGAGAAGGACUAUUACGGUCUGGUCAUAUGGGAGACGCCAACCAUAAAGACAUGGCUGGACUUCACGAAGGAGAUCAGACGGCAAGUACAAGGCACCGAGUACGAUUUCACAUUCAAUGUGAAGUUCUACCCGCCUGAUCCAGCCCAGCUAUCAGAAGACAUCACCAGGUACUACUUGUGUUUGCAGCUGCGGAAGGACAUCAAGAACGGCCGCUUGCCCUGCUCUUUCGUGACCCUGGCCCUGCUGGGAUCUUAUGCCCUGCAGUCUGAGCUGGGCGAGUACGACCCCGAGGUUCACGGCACCGACUAUGCCAAGGAGCUCCAGCUCAUCCCAGGACAGACCAAGGAGCUGGAGGAGAAAGUCAUGGAGCUUCACCGCACAUACAGAUCUAUGAGUCCGGCUCAGGCUGAUAUGAUGUUCCUGGAGAAUGCUAAAAAACUGGCCAUGUAUGGGGUUGAUCUCCACCAGGCAAAGGAUCUGGACGGAGUGGAUAUAAUGCUGGGUGUUUGCUCCAGUGGCCUGAUGGUGUAUAAGGAUAAGCUGAGGAUUAAUCGAUUCCCCUGGCCAAAGGUUCUCAAAGUCUCCUACAAACGCAGCAGUUUCUUCAUCAAGAUACGGCCAUCUGAUCUGGAACAUUACGAAAGCGCCAUUGGCUUUAAACUGCCUAAUUACAAGGCCGCCAAGAAACUGUGGAAAGUGUGUGUGGAGCAUCACACAUUCUUCAGGUUGACGUCCACAGAAGCGGCCACCACUCCCAGGAAGUUCCUGGCUCUGGGAUCGAAGUUCCGCUACAGCGGCCGAACUCAAGCCCAGACCCGUCAGGCCAGCUCCAUGAUCGACAGACCCGCUCCACAUUUCCAGCGUUCCGCCAGUAAGAGGGCGUCUCGCAGCUUAGAUGGAGCCAUGGUCUCGACCCCGGAUAAGAACGCCCGUCCCGUCAGCGCUCCCAUCAUGUCUCCCAUCUCCCCAGGCGACAUGGCUCCUUCCCCAGUAGCAUCUGCCGCCCGCACUGACCGUAAAGAGAUGUCCACGCCCACGGGCCGUCCACGCUCCACUGAGAGGAAGAGUGAGGUGAAGGCAGAGGCCCAUGUGACAGAUGGCUCCAGAAAACACAGCACCAAAGCAGAGGGCACACCUGAAAUCAAGACGGUAGCCCGGCGAGAACGGCGGCACCGUGAUGCCCCGGUGGUGACGGCCACCAAUGGGGAGAGAAAGAGCCAGUCGCCACGGGCGGACACAGAGAUGGUGCGCAUGAGGAAGAAAAGAGCUAAGAAAAUUGAGGGUGAAACUAUUUAUAUCAGACAUAGCAAUUUAAUGUUGGAGGACGUGGAAAAGACACAGACAGAAAUCAUGCGUCAUCACACCAGUAUCAGCGAACUCAAGCGAAGCUUCAUGGAGUCGGUGCCCGAAACCAGGCCCAGCGAGUGGGACAAGCGUCUGUCCACCCACUCGCCCUUCCGGACCGCCAGCAUCAACGGCCAGAUGCAGCCCGACUCUCCUGUGGUGAAGACGAAAACGAUCACCAUUUCUGAUGUCACCAACUCCCUCCGCAGCGAAAUCACCACCAAGGACAUCCCGAUUGUGCAUACAGAGACCAAGACCAUCACAUACGAGUCUGCACAGCCCAACGCGCUGUCAGAGAAGGAGUCUGGGAUGCUGUUGAGUGCUCAGACCAUCACCUCAGAGACCGUCAGCACCACCACCACCACCCAGAUCACCAAGACGGUGAAAGGCGGGAUCUCAGAGACCCGUAUCGAGAAGAGAAUCGUGAUCACUGGAGACACUGAGAUUGACCAUGAUAAGGCUCUUGCUCAGGCUAUAAAGGAGGCGAAGGAGCAGCACCCUGACAUGUCUGUGACUAAAGUGGUGGUGCAUCAGGAAACAGAGAUCACCCCUGACUAACUCUUGCAUGAGACACAGGGUGAAAAAAAACGGGACCAGUCGGGUUUAUGAAUGUGAAAAAACAACGCAAGAUCCCUCACAACCAGCCCCUUCCCAUCAACCCACCAGUUCCCCUCACGGACAAACACUUCCUGUAGCAGCACAUGUGCCACCCAGCCAUUGCCAUCCGAGACACCACUUUCCAGACCCUAAACAUCUGUCAGAUCUCAAGCGACUCAUACUGCAAACUGAGCAUCCAGCAGCUACUCCAGUCCAGCAUCCACAAGCAGAAUUCAAAGACCAGUUCUCAUCCACUUCUCAACACCUCCACCACAUCAAAGACAUUCCAUGACGGACUGAACCAUGUUACAAAAUCGUUUUCUAAAACAGUGGCUAAAGAGCAGCUUUUUAUCUCAAAUUCAUACGGUAUUUUUUGGGUGGAUUCCAAAGGGAUGGUUCACAUUAUAACAACUGGGCGGCGGGAACUUUCUAAAGUGUCAUUUUGUUGUUGUUGAUUUUUAUGAUUUAAUAUUUAUUUGAAAUUGGUUGAUUAUCUGUCAUAAUCUGAAACACUUAAAGGGGAUGUUCACCCACCCAAAAUUCAGAUUUGUCAUUUAGUGAGGCAAAAGCUAUGUUUAGGAUUUUCUUUUCUCCAUUCAACAAAAAUGAGAAGUUUAGCAGAAUGUCCACACUGCUCUUUUUCAAGAAAGUGGAAGACUUUGGAGAUAAUUCACCCAAAAAAGAAAAUUCUGUCAUCAGUUACUCAAUGACUUACCUUUUUGAACGAUAUUUUGAGAAGAUGUUGAUAAUCAACAGUCACCAAAACUGUUUGAUUACCAACAUUCUUCAAAAUAUCUUCUUUCACAAGAGAAAGUCAUACAAAAUUGAUACAUUUUUGGCGUAUGCAUUCAAAUUUGACAGCUUUAACAUCAGUAAUGUUUGAACAUGUAAAUAAGAUUUGAGCAUUGCAGAGGAGGGGUAGAAUUCAGUGAUUAAAUGUCAAUUGUUCCUUAAAACCAUCAUAUGAUGUCCUAGGACUCUGGAUUAUGGUACAUGAGGCACGACUGCUGUUUUUGACACUUUUAUGGUGCUCAUUUUUGGAACUUUUUUUUUUGCUUUCAUUGUAUGGAAAGAGAAGCUUGAACAUUCUGCUAAACAUCUGAAUUCCUCAGAAGAAAGAAAGGUUUGGAAAAACAAGUAAAUUGAGAGUGAAUGACAUAAUUUUCAUUUUUGGGUGAACUGUUCUUAGUCCAGAACUCCAUCCUGUUGUAAAGUCCCAUAUUUUAUGUUCCUCUUAAAUGUGAAAGUAUUAUUUUGUUCUUGGUGUAAAAACAAUGUGUUAUUUUCAUUCAGAAUGCUGGAGCAAUUUCAGAUGUUCUCUUGUGUUUUAAAGUUACUUUGCAUAUUUGUUGAAGGCUUGUAUAUUUUUUUCUUUUGUUUUGUCGGUAACGUUGUCCUGUGUCAUCAUGGAUUGGGGGUCCGAUGAAGAUGGGGUGGGGUAUUGUAGUGAAACUACACUCUAUGAUAUUUCUAUUUAUUUUCAUCAGUUUUGUUUCUCGUUUUUGUGUGUGCUUUGCAUUUUAGAUGCCCUGCUCUCUUAAAUGCAGCUUUGAUGUUUUUGUAUUAGAUCCAGAAUCCCAAACACCAGCUCCCGCCAGUUUUUAAAUGGGAUUUGCAGGGAUAACUUUGCUCAUUUUCAGUAUAUUUCUACUUUUCUACUAGAGGGGGCAGUAUGUUCUUACCCAUGAGGUCUAUCGCAGAUCUGCAAAGCCUUCAAAACGAGCAUCCACACACAACCUGAAGUGGUUUUAGAUGAAUUGGAAUCGAUUAGCCAGGAAUGGAGCUAAUUAGCAAUUACGGUAAUUAAUUGUGCCGAUCAGGCGGAUUCUACAGCAAAUUAAAACGAGUCUCAGUCAUUCAUUGAGACGUUCAAAUGCCUCUGAUUGACUUUAAAGGUCACGACAGACAAUUCUGGAGCGGUAAUUCAAUUCUAGAAAAUCAAAGUGGGAAUUUGAGGAUUUUAUAUUGUGCAUCAACACUGCCGGUGGCGUAAAGCAUACUGCCCCACGUCAAACUGACGAAUCCAGUACGUCCAGUUUUUAAAUGUCUAUUUUAAAAUGUUACGCUUUUAUAAUAGUUCAAAUAGUAUCCUGUACAGAGACCGAGGUGUUGUAGUUCGUUCAGUGUGUUGUUUUCUUCAUUGUGGCACUCCUUUCCUAUGCUAGUCUGGGGUGAAGAAAAGAAACGAAUCGUACGUUUGUCCUCAGAGGUUCUCUUUCUUCUCAUCACACCCCUUUUUCUUUUGCCAUCACUGAAAAAAAAGACAAAUGUUCAAUAUAGCACCAUGCACUGAAUAAACUCCAACUUAGACACAUUCUU